CUCUCUCUCUCUCUCUCUCUCCCUCUCUCUCCCUGUGUCGCUUAAACAACAGUCCUAACUUUUGUGUGUUGCAAAUAUAAAAGGCAAGCCAUGUGACAGAGGGACAGAAGAACAAAAGCAUUUGGAAGUAACAGGACCUCUUUCUAGCUCUCAGAAAAGUCUGAGAAGAAAGGAGCCCUGCGUUUCCCCCAAGCUGUGCGGCAGAUACUAUGAUGGAUUGCAAGUGCAAAGAGUAAGACGAAACUCCGGCAUACAAAGGACAAUGACAACCAGAAAGCUUCAACCAGAUCCUACCCUUUCCUUGAAAGGAACUGGAUCCUAGGAGGUGCAGGCAUUUCCAAUUUUUUGUCCUCUGCCUCCCUCUGCUGUUCUUCUGGAGAAGACUUUCCUUACAACAAUGAGAAAUCAUGUACUAGCUGCAUCCUUUUCUAUGCUCUCCCUGCUGGCGAUCAUGGGAGAUACAGACAGCAAAACAGACAGCUCGUUCAUGAUGGACUCGGACCCUCGACGCUGCAUGAGGCAUCACUAUGUUGAUUCUAUCAGUCACCCACUCUACAAGUGUAGCUCAAAGAUGGUGCUCCUGGCCAGGUGUGAGGGGCACUGCAGCCAAGCAUCACGCUCCGAGCCCUUGGUGUCCUUCAGCACUGUCCUCAAGCAACCCUUUCGUUCCUCCUGUCACUGCUGCCGGCCCCAGACCUCCAAACUGAAGGCAUUGAGGCUGCGUUGCUCAGGGGGCAUGCGACUCACCGCUACCUACCGGUACAUCCUCUCCUGUCACUGUGAGGAAUGCAGCUCCUGAGGCCUGCUGUUGAGUGGCUUCUGCAUGGGACAACCACAGAGGCAGUAUGACCAGCCAGAGACUGACUGGCAUAGAAAGAGUUAAGGAAAAACAAAACAAAACAAACAAAAAACAAGAUGCAGUAAUUCUCAUGGGAUUCUCCAUGGUCUAGUUAUAAAGACUACAUGCUUGUUAACAGAAAGAGAUACUCUGGGAAAUUGCCUUCAGUUCCCAUCUCCUUUCCCUGGUACAAUUUCUUUAGGUUCCUUUUCAGAUUCAAGCAUUUUCCCCCUUGGCUCUGAACACUGCUUGGGUUUUCAACAAUUUUGCAUUAGUGGAGAAAAGUGGGUUCCCAUGCAAGAGCGUGUCAGGCUGUCACUGUUUUGGUAGUAUUAGAGAAUUUGCUUUGAAAAGCAGGAAAGCCCAUCUCUCUGAGACAUCUUCUAUUUUCUUCUUCUUUUUUAAAAGUCUUGUCAUUUUGAUCUAAGUUUGCCAUUGCUGCUAAAAAUUACCAGUUUCAAAACCCAGAUGCCAAGUUUGUGGAUAUGUUUAGCCAGUUUACUCACAGCCAACUAACUGACAUUAAAAUAACUAACAAACAGAUUCUCUUAUGUGAUGUUGAAACUCUUGACAGGUAUAAUUAUUCAGAAAUCAGAAAUAGCUUUUGGGAAGUAAAGAUGGCAUAAAGAAUCUGUCACCUGAAGGUUCUUGUAGAUAAAGUAUGGUAACAUUUUGUGAGGGAGCAGACUUUUAAAGACUUGCACAAAUAUGGAUCCUGCACUGACUUUGGAAAAGGCAUAUAUGUACUUGUGGCAUGGAGAAUGCACCAAACUCAUGCAUGCAGGUUAUACAACCAAGUAUGAAUCUAUCUGUGGGUGUGCUAUAGCUUUAGCUAUUCCAUGGAUAUCGUUCUCCAGCAUCCACUUGUCCACGUGAAGAUCAUUGCCAAAAUGGUGGCCUGGCUCAUCUUCUGAACAUUUGGUUCAAAUAUAUUUUGGUCCUUGAGGUUCAAAUGUUUCCAUGUUUUGAAAUAA